AUCACUUUCCCCUUGUGUCCGCCAUAUUGGACGGUAACUCUGGUCAGCGGCGCUGGGGCCAAGGGAGUCCCCGUUAUAGUGACAGUUCGUGCGCCCCGCUCCUCGGUGCCUGUGGCCCGGCCUUCUCCGCUCCCCCUCCGGGCGCUGCCGGCGGCUCCGAGCUCCCCGCUGCCUCCUCCCUGCCCGGGUGUCAGACACGAUGAGUCCGGCCGACGCCAAGCGAGGAGCCAAGCGCAGAAAGAACAAGCGGGGCGGUGGCCUCGGCAGUACCGGCGGCCCCGGACCCAGCGGCGGGACGGGCGGCCUGAGCAAAAGCGCGGCCGCCUCGGUCUCGGCCGCCCUGCGGGCUCCAGCCCAGGCAGGGGCUGCCACGCCGAGCGUGGGGGGCGGCCUGCUGACAGCGCCGGCAACGGCCGCCAGCAACGGAGCCUUGAGCGGCGGCGUUGGAGGGGCCGGGGCGGGACACGGCGAGGUUUCAUUAAAUGGAAGCCAGUUUACAGAUAAUUCCGUUGGAUCAGAGUUCACAGGUGUUUCUCAGACUCCAUUCACCUUUGGCUUGGGUCAAAGGGCACCAUAUACAACUGGCGAGCAUUGUCUUCUUUGUAGAAGUGAACGGAAAGAUACCUCGCUUUCAGAAAGUGGAAUUAAAAAUUCUAGCAAAACAGCACUUUCUACAUCUCCAAAAGCAAAUAGUAUGCUGCAUCUUCCUUUGUGGGUGUGUCCAGAUUGUCGACGAACUGUCGAGAAGGAGGAGAGGCAUGCCACGCUAGAGCAAUCUCUUGUGGUUGCCGCAUCCAUUUUCAGGUAGCACAAUUUUUGCUCUAAAGCUUUCUUCAGCUCUUCAUGACCAGUCUCAGCUGUGCUGACAACUAAAUGACGAACCGCAUCGUGCCCCAUUGAAAUACCAACCUG